CGGCGCUGCGGCAGGAUGCGGGGCUGCGGCGGGCACCGCGCCCUGCUGCCGGCCCUGCUGCCCGCCCUGCUGCCCGCGCUGCUGCUGCCCGGCGCCGCCGCCGCCACCGGCCCCGGCCCCGCGCCCGGCGGCAAUUUCCUGGAGGACGAGCAGUGGCUGUCCUCCAUCGCGCAGUACGGCGGCCGCAUCCGGCACUGGAACCGCUUCCGAGACGUGAGUGCGGGGCGCGGGUGGGGGCGGGCGCGGGGUGAUGCCCUCCGCCCGUCCUCACCUCCGCUCCGCUUUGUUCCACCGCCGCCCCGCGCCGCGCCGCAGGAGGUGGAGGACGACUACAUCCGGAGCUGGGAGGACGGGCAGCCCCCGGAUGAAGGAGAGGACAGCACCAAGGACCCGUGCCAGAAGGUGAAGUGCAGUCGGCACAAGGUGUGCGUGCCGCAGGGCCCGCAGCGCGCCGUCUGCGUCAGCCGCAAGAAGCUGGAGCACAGGAUCAAGCAGCACGGGGGCUGCAGGCCGUGCCACUCCGCCCGCCCGGCGCCCGUUUGCGGCUCCGACGGACACACGUACAGCUCUGCGUGCAAAUUGGAGCAGCAGGCGUGCCUGGCCGGCAAGCAGCUGACGGCGCGCUGCGAUGGGCACUGCCCCUGCCCCACCCCCGGCAGCACGCAGGAGCCGUGCACUGGGCAGGACCUGGCCGAUCUGGGGGAGCGGUUGCGGGACUGGUUCCAGCUCCUGCGUGAGAACGCCAAGCAUAACGCCUCCGGAGGGACCCCCGGCACCGCGCUGGCGGCCGGCUGCAAGGAGGCGGUGGGGUGGAUGUUCGGGCGCUUGGACACCAGUGGGGACCGCGUCCUGGAGCAGCCCGAGCUGGCUGCCAUCAACCUGGACAAGUACGAGGCGUGCAUCCGCGCCUUCUUCAACUCCUGCGACACCUCCCGUGAUGGGCGCGUCACUGCCGCCGAGUGGUGCCUCUGCUUCUGGAGAGAAAAGCCGCCGUGCCUGCGGGAGCUGGAGCGGCUGCAGAUGCAGGAGGCAGCCAACGUGCAGCCCGGCACCUUCGUACCCAGCUGCGAUGAGGACGGCUACUACCGGCGGGCACAGUGUGAACCAGGCGGCGCACAGUGUUGGUGCGUGGAUCCACAGCACGGCACUGAGCUGAGCGGCACCCGCUCCCAUGGCCAUCCCGACUGCGAGGACGCAGUGGGGUUUUCAGGAGACUUUGGCAGUGGCGUGGGCUGGGAGGAUGAGGAGGAGAAGGAGCCUGAGGAAGCAACAGAGGAAGCUGAGGAGGAGGAGGCCGAGGCGGGUGAAGGAGAUGAUGGUGGCUACAUCUGGUAGAGGCGGGGGGGGGAGGGGGCACGUCUGGGGGCAGCCCCUGUCGCCCCAUUGCCCCCUGGCACAGAGCGCAGGGGCAGCCCCCGGCUCCAAGUGGGACAGGGCUGUGGGGCGCUCGCCCGGGCGGGCCCCAAGGCGGGCGGGGGGCGAGCAGUGCGAGGCUGAGCUCAUGCCCCCCAC